UGCCCCUAGGUGCCGUUCCUUUUCCCUUUCCCCCCGACGGAUUUUGAGGCCUCGCCCGCCGCCGCCCGCUCCCGCCUGCGGGGAGCCGAUCCCGCGCCUGAGCGCAGCCAUGUCGAUUCGUUCUCUCGUCGCCUCCAGGCUCGCCAGGUCCGGCCACGCCCUCCCCGCGGCCAUCUCCCAGGCGCCCAGGGCCCAGCACGCCGCGUCUCCGCUGCUCUCGGGGACUCGUGCUUUCAGCUCAAGGGCUCUAUGGAAGGGGGCGUUCGUCGACGCGUUCCUGCAAAGAAUCAAGAACAAUAGGGAGAAUCUGAGCGGCAGGAAGAUCUGGUCUCGCAGGUCUUCCAUCCUGCCGGAGUUCGUCGGCUCCUCCGUGCUCAUCUACAACGGCAAGACUCACGUCCGUUGCAAGAUCACCGAAGGCAAGGUCGGCCAUAAGCUCGGGGAGUUUGCUUUCACGCGCAGGCGGAGGCCUCAUCGGGCCAUCACGGGGAAGGCCGGCGGUCAAGGAAAGGGCAAGAAGAAGUAAGAAAGGGAAUGUGCUGCGUCAAAGGUGGGUUUAAGGACAGCGGGAUGAGGGCGUAGUUGAAGCACAAGCACUUGAGUCACCAUAAUUUUCUGGACUGCAUUUUCUUAGAAGAAUAAUUAUUUGUAGCGGAAUGGUUAGCUCAUCUUACUUGAAGAUUUUCCAUGGACUCUGUUUACUCUGCUAGUGGUUCCAGCAUAACUCUAGAGUGCAGCUUUUCACUUAAGGCACUGCUCUUAUGUUUUUUUGGCCUUACUGAGGUCUGAUGCCACAACUUGCCAAGUGUCUUUGCACCUGGUUAACCAGUGAUUGUAAGUUCUGCUUCAAAGGUUGUUUUCAGCCAAAUAGCGAUGUGUGUCUUGCUACAAUUCCCUUGCAAUAGGAGUAUCUUACGGCAAGGAUGGUUAUUAUUUUUGCA